CUGCCGACCGCCACAUAAGCCGGGUUUUUCCUUCUAAACCGGAUUUCCUCCACGCUCGUUAUUUAAACCGGUGAUCUCCCGACCUCAUUGCUAAGCAAAGCGAAUCAUAAAUGGCGAUGAGAUCGGCGGCACUCGGAGGAAUUCCUCGCCUGUCCCAAUCGGCGGCGAUCGCCGGAGGAGCUGGGUGGAGGAGCGUUCGCCCCUUCAGCGAAGGGAAAGGUAGGGUUCUCAGCGAGGAGGAGAAAGCCAAAGAGAACGUCUACAUCCAGAAAAUGGAGAGGGAAAAGAUGGAUAAGAUGAAGCACAAAGCGGAGAAGGAGAAGCUGGAGCUGGAGAAGGAAAAAGCCGAGAAGAAACCAGAGGAAACUCAUAAAGGCUGACGCAGCUGCCCUCUUCUUGUCGAGCAUUCUGAAGCAAUUUGCUGCAUGUACACGGGGCACAGAUUCUGAAUAAAUGUACAUUAUCUUAAGGUGAAACAAGCGUUGUUUUCACCAAAGACUCUAGAUCAACUUGCUGUUUCUUUAGGCAGCAAACCAUUUUAAUCCUACAUCCUGAUGUUCAUCUGCCGCUGGACUAUUUGACUAAAUCAGGAACUGUUUCAUGAUUGAAUUUGGAUGUUUAGAGUUA